UGUUUCCGUAGGCGUACCUGCCAAUCAGUUGUAUAACAGGGCAAAAUAACUUGUAUGUGAAGCAAGAUCUCUUCACCUAGACAUUUGGGAGUUGAUAGAACCACAGACAGAUUUGAUAACUUCCUUGUCUAAAUUGUUUCUGUCGUUUUUUUUUGUGUGAGAAUAGUUUAAGAUGCCUUGUCUCCCUCUAUUCGAACUGUUCUCUUUGUCCUCUUGAAGAUCAUCAUCAUCAUCGCCUCAUCAUUUUUGGGGAUUGAUUCUUGAGGAAAAUGAAGUGUUUUCUGAUAAUUAUUAUUAUUCUGCAGAUUAUAAGCAGGAUUAAUACAUCAACCAGCUCUUUAGCAUCUCAUGAUGUUGUUGCUCAACAACAAGAUUCAGAUAACUUCGAGGCUAAACAGGGCGGUGGUGUUGAAGCAUAUAGGAGUAGGAUGGUGGGAAGAGUGGGGUCAAGGCCACCGAACUGCCAACGCAAAUGCGGCGGGUGUACGCCUUGUGUCGCCACUCAAAUGCCCGCAACGACCGAUGAACUGGGGAUUCAGUACACCAAUUAUGAGCCUGAGGGGUGGAAAUGCAAGUGUGGCUCCACUUUCUUCAACCCCUAAAUGCCUGCCUGCCCUGCUGGGCUCAAUCGAAAGCAUCGAGGAUUAUUAACCACCGUGUUUAGCUUUCUCUCGCUCGGCAUGACCCCAUGUAUGUACAGACUCGUUUUGUCUUUCUUCUUAAAUUGAGAGUGAGUGGGAUUAUUGUAUCGGUACUUACUGGAAUACGUAAAAGGCAGUGUUUGUUGCGUGCAAUGAAUGAAGCCGACUAGCUUGCUGCCAUGUGCUGCAAGUUGGCUACGAUUCAUCGUUUUCACGGACAGUUUCAACUGGAUCGUAGACAUGAUU